CGAGACAUGAAGCACAUAAACCCUGUCCACCUCCAAGUGGGAAGAGUAGAACGACAAUACACGACAAUCGGAUCAAACAAUGAACUUGGAAUCCUUGAAGGAUCGCUUCGCCGUUGCUUCGGCGGAUGAGCGAAGGCAACUUAGCAUGCUGGUCGAUGCCUCGAGACCGAGUGACCUAUGGCACCUGCAAUCUGCACUCUCCCGAAAGAAGGGUUCAUACUUUGAUAUCGUGUCUGCUUUGCCGGCGGAGCUGUUGACGGGUUUGCUGGACUUACUGGAGAUUAAUGAUUUUGGGAGAAUGCAGAUGGUCUGUAAGAAGUGGCGGGAGCUGCUGACGUCGCCGCUUCAUGCUCAAUGGGCGCUCAAACGAUACUACCCGCAUGAAUACACGGCGGAUAUCGCGAGAGCGGCAUCGAUAAAUGACGGCCGGUACGCACAGGAGUUCCAAAGAAUCGCGGCACGAGGAUGGGCAAUGCAGACCGGCCACGCGAAGCAAUUCGGCAUCCUAUACCCCGAGGGCGUAGAUCCGGCGAAGCCGGAGGAGACCUCAUACCCGAUCUUCACCAUCUACAAAGAGGGAUGGCUAGUCAUGUACUCACACUACAACUCGGACCCAGCACGACUGAUCACAAUCCGGAAUCUCCAGCACGGACUCGAAGCAGCCAACACAGAACGGAAAACGUUUUUCUAUGCACCGAAUCGGGAACAGAUGGCGUUGAUGUGCGUUGGGGGUGGACAUAUGGCCGGUGUGAGUUUUCGCAGGUAUAGUCAUUUGUUUCGAGGGUUGGUCCUCAUUGUUGUGAUAGAUUGUGUGCUGACGCUGAUGUGUGCAGGACGGCUUAUGUGUGGAAUCUUGUGGAUGGGACGUUGGUGAAUACGUUCAAGUUGGCGAGUGCUGCGGUGCACGCGAUGGAUUGUAAUGAAAAGUAUCUGGCGGCGGCGUUUGAACAUGAGAUCGUUAUGUGGGAUUUGGCAGAGAACAGGCUUGCG